AUGGAUGAGUCCGUGUUCGACAUGGACGACGGCAGCUCGGACUUUGCUCCCAGCACCGCAAAGACCAAACCAGUCAAGAAAGCUGCUGCUCCGAAAGCUGCGGCCAAGAAGACGAAUGCGCCAAAGGCAAAGCCUGGACCGAAGCCCAAGACAACUGUACCAAAAAAACGCGCCAAGAAGGACUCUGAAGAUGAGGGCUCAGACGAGGAAUCGGCCCCCGUGUUUAACGACGAGUCGCUCCUGGAAGAUACCCCCCCGCAAGCAAAGAAGGCCAAGCCCAACCCGCUCAAAGGGGGUCAGAAGAAGCCCCUCGCUGACGUUGUCAAUGAAGCCAUCGGCAUAGACGGUGCGACCGACUCGCCGCAGCCCCAGAAGAAGAAGCGCGUCUCGGAGCAGUACCAGAAGCUCACACAGCUAGAACAUAUCAUCAAGCGUCCUGACACUUACAUUGGAUCAGUUGAACGCACAGAGAAACAGAUGUGGGUCUACAAUACGGAACAAGAUAGUAUGGAGUUCCGAGAAGUGUCAUAUGUCCCGGGCAUCUUCAAGAUCUUUGAUGAAAUCCUGGUCAAUGCUGCCGACAACAAACAAAACGACAAGAACAUGGACGAAAUGCGAGUCACCAUCGAUCGAGAGAAGGGGGAAAUCAGUGUCUGGAACAAUGGCCGAGGCAUCCCCAUCGAGAUUCAUUCUAAGGAAAAGAUUUACAUCCCGGAGAUGAUCUUUGGCCACCUGCUUACCGGCUCUAACUACGAUGACAACGAACAAAAGAUCACAGGUGGCAGGAAUGGUUAUGGCGCGAAGCUCUGCAAUAUUUUCAGCACAGAAUUCACUGUUGAAACCGCGGAUUCGAGAACCAAGAAGAAAUACAAACAGACAUGGACGAACAACAUGUCUAAGAUGGGAAAGGCAAAGAUUACAGACAGCAAAGGCGAGGAUUUUACUAAAGUCACCUUCUCGCCUGACUUCGCCAAGUUCGGGAUGACUGCAAUGGACGAUGAUCUUGAAGCACUGUUCAAGCGCCGGGUCUAUGAUCUUGCCGGCACUUGUAAAGGUGUUGCAGUGAAAUUGAACGGCUCUCGUGUGCCGGUCCGAAAUUUCAAGAAAUACUGUGAAAUGUAUACCAAAGCUAUCAAGAAGGAGCGAGGUGAAGAGGCAGCAAAUGACGCUUCGGAGAUCUUUACAGAGUCUCCCGACCCGCGUUGGGAGAUUGGCUUCGCCGUAUCUGAUGGCUCGUUCCAGCAAGUAUCAUUUGCCAACUCGAUUGCCACAACCUCAGGUGGCACGCAUGUCAACUACGUGGCAGAUCAGAUUGUCAACCGCCUCAUGGACGUUGUCAAGAAGAGGAAUAAGGGCGGUGCAGCGUUGAAGCCCAACCAGAUUCGAAACCAUAUCUUCGUCUUCGUCAAUGCUUUAAUCGUCAAUCCCGCUUUCACAGGGCAGACCAAGGAGCAGCUUACCACAAAACCGAGCCAGUUUGGCAGCAAGUGCCAGGUGUCUGAGGAGUUCAUGAAAAAAAUUGCAAAGACAGAAGUCAUCAACAACAUCCUUCACUUCGCCCAACAAAAAGCCGAUCAGAUAAUGAAGAAAUCAGAUGGCAGCCGGCGAAGUCGUAUGAACAACCCCAAGCUCACAGAUGCCAACAAAGCAGGCACUAGGGAAGGCCACAAGUGCACUUUGAUCUUGACAGAGGGUGACUCGGCCAAAGGUCUUGCAUUGGCAGGACGAUCGGUUGUUGGCCCUGAUUUGUUUGGCGUGUUCCCUCUUCGUGGCAAACUUUUAAACGUCCGAGAUGCGUCGGUCGACCAAAUUUCCAAGAACGCCGAAAUCCAGAAUAUCAAGAACUUUCUAGGUCUACAGCACAAAAAGGUCUAUACGGACACGCACGGCCUUCGAUAUGGGCAUUUGAUGAUCAUGACGGAUCAGGAUCACGAUGGUAGUCAUAUCAAGGGCUUGCUGAUCAACUUCCUGCAAGUCCAAUUUCCCAGUUUGCUGAAGAUCCCGAAGUUUUUGGUCGAAUUCAUCACGCCGAUCGUCAAAGUGUACAAAGGAGACCCCAAGAACCCCUCCCAAGUUCGAGCUUUUUACACUAUGCCAGAGUACGAGGCAUGGAAAGAGACACACAAGCACGAACGUGGAUGGGAGUACAAGUACUACAAGGGGCUGGGCACGAGCACGACCGAAGAUGCGCAGCAAUACUUCAAUGACAUCGACAAACAUCACAAAGAGUUCGACGUCAUGAAGGACGAAGAAGUCCCAUUGAUAGAAUUGGCAUUCUCGAAGAAGAAGACUGAUGAGCGAAAAGAGUGGUUGCGUCAAUUCAAAGCCGGAACCUAUCUGGAUCACACGAUGAAGAAUAUUUCUUAUUCCGAUUUCAUCAACAGGGAGCUGAUUCUCUUCAGCAUGGCGGACAAUAUUCGAUCCAUUCCUUCUGUGGUCGAUGGGUUGAAACCUGGACAACGAAAAGUCAUGUACGCGUGCUUCAAACGAAAUGUGAAAAAGGAUAUGAAGGUUGCUGAAUUGUCUGGCUUGGUUGGAGGAAUGACUGCCUACCAUCAUGGUGAGGCAUCUCUCCAGCAAACGAUCGUUGGCCUGGCGCAGACCUUUGUCGGAUCAAACAACGUCAAUCUGCUUGAGCCCUCUGGCCAGUUCGGCACACGAAAUCAGGGUGGUAACGACUGCGCCAGUGCUCGUUACAUCUUCACCCGCCUAUCACCAUUUGCCAGGAAGCUCUUCCACCAAGCCGAUGAGCCUCUGCUAACGUACAACACCGAUGAUGACAAGACCAUAGAGCCUGAAGUGUAUGUGCCGGUGGUUCCUCUGAUCCUCUUAAAUGGUGCCGAUGGUAUCGGAACUGGCUGGAGCUCCUCCAUCCCGAAUUACAAUCCUGAGGAUAUUGUGGAGAAUCUCAGGCGCAGAAUGCGUGGUGAGGAAUGGACACCCAUGCAACCCUGGUUCCGUGGUUUCAAGGGGGAGGUUAAAGCAACAGCGCCGGACCGAUUCCAGUUCAGUGGUAUCAUUCACCGGACAGGAAAUACCGAAGUGGAGAUCACCGAAUUGCCAAUCCGAGUAUGGACACAGGAUUUCAAGGACAAACUUGAAGAGAUCAUCAAGGCCGAAAAGGUGCCAUCAUUCAUCAAGGACUACAAGGACUACAACACCCAUAACACUGUUCACUUCAUCAUCCAGAUGGACGAGAAGCACGCAGAGGCAGCAGUUGAAGAAGGGCUUGUGGAGAAAUUCAAGCUGACGAAGUCCGUUGCGACCUCGAACCUCGUGGCCUUUGACACGGAGGGUCGUAUCACCAAAUACGCAAAUGUCGAAGCCAUCAUGGACGAAUUCUACAGCUAUCGUCUUCAGAUGUACGCCAAGCGGAAGGAGUGGCUCUUGCAAGACAUGCACAAAUCUCUCAAACGUCUAACCAAUCAAGCUCGGUUCAUACAAAUGAUCAUCGACGGCAAGCUGAUCAUAUCCAAAAAGAAGAAGGCUGUUCUCAUUGCAGAACUGAAAAAUCUCGGAUUCGAUGCCUACCCAAAGACCGAAGAUCCUUCUAAACAACGCGAGGUUUUGCCGGUAGAUGAGGAAGAGCCUGAAGAAGAUGAUGGGCCGGUGGAUGCCAGUGCAUACGACUACCUCCUUAGCAUGCCCCUUUGGUCUCUCACCCAGGAACGUGUUGAGAAGCUUCUCAAACAGAUUGGCGAGAGGGAAGAAGAGAUCGAUGCACUGAUGAAGAAGUCGAAGGAGGAUCUGUGGAAGCAUGAUCUGGACGAAUUCAUUGCUGAAUGGAGAUUCCAGCUUGAAGAUGAGCAUAAUCGACAGCGGAACAUUCGCAAAGGGAGACGCGUGUCAAAGAAGUUCGCAACAGCAGCGACCUCCAAAUCGACUGUGAAGAAGCGAAAAGGUCUGGGUGAUGCGAUGGAUGAUUCCGAUUUCGAAGUAUCGGCUCCAAAGGCCAAGAAGAGCGCGGCCGCACCUAAGCCGACACAAAAGCAAAUUUCCAUCACGGCGUACGUUGCCCCAAAGACUAAUGCCUUGAAGAAUGCAAUAGAAAAGCGAAAGUUGUAUACUGAUGGUUCCAGUGACCCUCUCGAGCCUCCCGAAACGGCUCAGCCUCGAACAGAUGGUCGCCUUGUGCCUGUCAAGGAUGAGACCCAGUCGGAUGAGGCCCUUCCCAAACCUUCCAACCGACAGGCUCGUGCUGUCGGCAAGAAGCCAGCAAAUUAUGCUUUGCUCAGUGACUCGGACAGUGACAAUGGAGAUGGCUUACUUGCUGACCUGGGAGACAUGGUCAAGGGACUGCCUAUCAAAGCAACAAAUGAUAGCGCUAACGAGUCGAGAACAUUGUUUGCAGCUUCCGCGUCCCGCCCAAGCAGUAGUCACGGGCACAAGGUUCCGCUCAAAUCAGCUCCCAAAGCCACCAUGAAUUUGUCAGAUGAUGAGACCGACUACAAGAUGCUGGCGCCCCAGUCGUCGCCGAGACGCUCUAUCAUUGUCACCAGCAAAGAAGAGUUCAGAAUUCCCGAUGAAUCAGACGAUGAUGUUGUUCCAUCAAAGCGCGGCAACAAGGCCCUUCCUAAGAGAGCACAGGCUAUUGGUAGCGACGACAGUGAAAGUGAUGUGGUCGUGUCUAAACCUAGCAAGAAGGCUCCGGCGAAGAAAGUACCGAAGGAAACUCAGCCCAAAGUUAAGAAAACAGCUACGAAGAGGGCAGCUCCAGCGUCAAAGAAGGUCGAACAGUCGCCGGUCGCUAAGGCUUAUGCAAAAAGACUGGCAAAGAAGAGGGUGGUGGACUCUGACGACGAGAUGGAUGCUCUAGCUGAUGACAUAUUGAAAUCUCCUUCCCCGUCCGACUCUGAUGAACCUGUGGCGCGAAAGCCUGCAGCCAGGCCUGCAAGACGAGCUGUUGCCUCGAAGAAGACGUAUUCUUUUGACGAUGAUGAUGAAGAGGAUGAAGACGCAGGUUUCCAGGACGAGGGAUCUUCGGGUGCUUUUUCAGACAGUGAAUGA